AUGGAUCAAAAAAUUGCAAGCGCCGUCGCACAGAGCAUUGCUUCCUUUGGAAAUAUCCUCAGAGCACCCACAAGUCUAGCCUCCAACUCGCCGACCUUCAGAAGGAAUGUGGCGGACCAGCAGACACGAUUCAAUGUGUGGGCUGGAAACAUCGGCGCUCACCGCACCGGCCCGAGCUCUCUCGAUUACCGACUUCGGGACUCUUCAAAUAUAAAGGGCCAGGUGCUGAGUCUUCUCAAAGGCCUGGCUGAGCUCAUGCAAGAUGCCCAUGACAUCCUCAUGGAAAUCGAGGUUCCCUGGGACCAGAUCACUGCUGAUGAAGAUGUCGAAGAGCCGGAUGACCCUGAUACAGAAUUGAAUCAGAUUUCCGCUGAUAUCGCGGACGUGGUAAACUGCCUCCUUCGAUUGAGUGUGGCUAUACGGAACCCUGCACCCCACGAUCGCUUCAUCAAGUCUCACUCAAUCGAUACAUCCCACUAUGAGAUCUUUGACAUUCAACACGUCUCCUCAAAAUUUAAAACCAUAGAGCCUAUCCUGGCUGAAAGACUAGGCAAGGCGAUAAGUCGCCGGCGCCAGUUCUUUAAUUACAGAUUGGCUCACCGUGCAAAGCUAUCGCAGGGUCUCACCGACGAGGGAGGUGAUACCGAGACGAUCGCCUCAUCGCUUCCAGAGCAUUUGAAAGAUACUGCUAGUGGUCAGCCUUUGCUCAUAGAUGGUAUUGGGGGCGAGGGCUCAGACUCUGGAUUUUCCCUAACGUCAUACGCCACCUCGCUGGCAGACAAGUUCCUGGAAGUAUGUUCUCCAACCCAAGUCUCAGAGCCGUAG